UCUCUCUGUCGUCAUUUCCCUAAUUAGAGACGGAAACUGGCGAGCUUACGAAGCAGAGGAAAGCUCCGAGCGGUGAUGGUCGGAUGAAUAAAAUAUUCGAGUAACCCUGCUAACUGAGGAACUGUUGUCAGACACGUUGUUUCUGUAUAGAAUUAUCAUCGGGACACACAUAACCAUGUCUGCCCAAGCUCAAAUGAGGGCUUUGCUCGACCAGCUAAUGGGAACAGCGAGGGAUGGGGACGAGACACGGCAGAGGGUCAAGUUCACCGACGAGCGUGUCUGCAAAAGUCACCUCCUCAACUGCUGUCCACAUGACAUCCUGUCUGGCACUCGUAUGGACCUGGGGGAGUGUACGAAGAUCCAUGAUUUGGCACUUCGGGCAGACUAUGAAAUCGCCUCCAAAGAGAGAGAUCUUUUCUUUGAGCUGGAUGCGGUGGAUCACUUGGAGUCAUUCAUUGCUGACUGUGACCGAAGGACAGAACUAGCCAAGAAGCGCCUGGCUGAGACCCAAGAAGAGAUCAGUGCCGAGGUUGCAGCAAAGGCAGAGAAGGUGCAUGAGCUAAACGAGGAAAUUGGGAAACUCCUGGCCAAGGCCGAGCAGCUUGGAGCCGAAGGCAACGUAGAUGAAGCUCAGAAGGUCCUUCAGGAAGUGGAAAAGGUCCGCUCCAGGAAGAAGGAUGCAGAGGAAGAAUACAGAAACUCCAUGCCAGCCUCCAGCUUUCAGCAGCAGAAGCUCCGGGUAUGUGAGGUGUGCUCUGCUUACCUAGGACUCCAUGACAAUGACCGUCGUCUGGCCGACCACUUUGGUGGGAAGCUUCACCUGGGGUUCAUCCAGAUCAGAGAGAAACUGGACCAACUGAAGAAAACGGUGGUCGACAAGCAGGAGAAGAGGAACCAGGAACGCCUAAAGAGAAGGGAAGAGAGGGAGAAAGAGGAAAAGAUGAAGAAAAGGACCAGAUCACGGAGCAAAGAGCAUAAAAGGUCCCGUUCCCGUGACCGUGACCGCAGGAGGAGGCGCUCGCGCUCCACAUCCCGAGAGAAGCGGCGCUCCCGCUCCCGCUCCAAGGAGAGGAGGAGGCGGCAUCGCUCCCGCUCCCGCUCACGCAGCCGUGGACACCGGCACAGCCACGAGCAGGGCUCCAGACACAAGUCAUCCAGGGACCGAGAGCACUCAUCCAGAGAUCGGUCACGAGAUCGAGAGAGGAUGAACGGCAGGUCAGACUCCCGCCGAGCAGACGACAGGGACAUGGGGGACUUCUAAGACCAAACACCACCCACCAAAACACAACCUCUCCCUGUCCACUCAUAUUUCCCUCUCGGUAAACGCUGUCCCUGCAUUCACUCUUGAAGUCUCCAGCCUUCGUCCUUUCUUUGCUUUAGUCGUCAUUGCAACCGACCCACAUAACAGCUGUAAUAUUGAAUCACUUUUGUAGUAUCAACACACAUAAGAUUACUUCUGGAUUUGAGAGGCUGGUGGUUUAUCAGUGGAGUGUACCGAAAGAACGACAUCUGUACUCUGGUGGCUGUCUGUAUCCAAUCCAUCCCUCAUCUUGUUCUAACUUUUAAAAUAAAUCAAAUGGAUAAAGGCAAACGUAGAACUGUGUCCUGGAGUGGAACAUAAAAUGUAACUGAUCGAUAAUCAAUGGUCAUUUUAAGAUGUAAAAAUGCAAAGUGUAAAUAUGGUUUGGGCCCACAUAUGGUUAUGGUCUGAAAUCCCUCAUCCUAUCAAGUCGCUUUUUUCUUCUUUUUUUUUCUCACAACAAAGAUUUCCUUUUUGUUUUUUUGUUUGUUAUAACAUGCUAUUUGAAUGUCUGUCGACAUAAAUGUCUUCAUUAUUUAGUUCUCAAAGCCCACUUAAAGUUUCAAACAAAUUGAGUGGAAAGUUUCUAGGACUAGAUUUUGACUUCUGUCUCUGCUUUGUUUUUUCAAAAUGUAAGUUUGAUUUUAUGCUUCCUGUAGUGAAGGUUGUGAGUUUGGUCGGUUUCAGUAAAGGGUUGUUUUGGGUUGUAUUGGUGGCAAGUUCCUUGUUUUUAUAAAUUUCCACAGCCAAGUUUUGUUUUCUUAUUGAACGGGAACUGACACGAUGGCUCCAGCUCUGGUGUCAGCAUGUGAAGCCGUGGGUUUAGAAAUGAGAAGUCAGUGCUUAAAUUUCAGUUCAGCGUGUAGAAUUCAAAUUAAAUACACACAGAUUUUAACGGAGGCACUGACUUAUCCAACGUGUGAAGCCAUCUCUUCUGCUGGAAUUCUUUCUUUAAAGUCUCAAUUUAAAUAAAUGAAAAAAUAUUCUUUUUUUUUUUUUUUUUUUUUUUUUUUUUUUUUUUU